AAGCAUGGAGACUUUGAGGUUUUCUAGUAACACCAUGCAGGUAAGUUUUGUGUGCCAGCGCUGCAAUCAGCCUCUGAAGCUCGACACAUCCUUCAACGUCUUGGACAGAAUGACUAUCCACGAGCUCACUGCUCCGUUAGUGAUGGUAACAGCCAAUAAACAACAAGACAGUGGUGAGAGCAGCAGCUUCCCUGAGGAGACCUUUUUGGAGAACAAACAAGAUGGCGUGGCUCGAAAAUUUAUACCACCUGCAAGGAUGAUGUCAGCUGAAAGCACAAACAGUUUCACACUUAUUGGAGAAGCUUCUGAUGGUGGAACUAUGGAGAACUUGAGUCGCAGACUGAAAGUGACAAGCAAUCUGUUCGACAUCAUGUCUGGUCAGACAGAUAUUGAUCACCCACUUUGUGAGGAGUGCACUGACACAUUAUUGGACCACUUGGACACACAACUCAACAUCACUGAGAACGAGUGCCAGAAUUACAAGAGCUGUUUAGAGCUGCUGUCUCAGCUUCCAGAAGAAGAGGAGGCCAGUCUACUGAAUGCAUUGCAGCAGUUGAAACAAGAAGAGGAAUCUCUGAUCCAGGAACUAGAGAGCAUUGAGACAAAGCGUGAAGCCGUGGCCAAAGAGCUGGAUGAGGGACGCAACCACAGCCAGCUGAUGGACACUGAAGAACUUCGGUAUCAGAAGGAGUACUGUGAGUUUAAGAGACAGCAGCUGGAGUUGGAUGAUGAUCUUAAAAGCGUGGACAAUCAGAUGCGUUACUGUCAGAUUCAACUUGACAAACUCAAGAAGACCAACGUUUUCAAUGCGACCUUUCAUAUCUGGCAUAGUGGGCAGUUUGGAACAAUAAAUAACUUCCGCCUUGGCAGAUUACCCAGCGUACCAGUGGAAUGGAAUGAGAUUAAUGCAGCCUGGGGUCAAACUGUUCUUCUGUUGCAUGCACUUGCCAGCAAGAUGGGGCUAUGCUUUCAGAGAUACCAAUUAGUUCCGUAUGGAAAUCAUUCCUACUUGGAGUCUCUCAGUGAUAAGUCCAAGGAAUUGCCAUUGUAUUGUUCAGGUGGUCUGCGUUUUUUCUGGGAUAAUAAAUUUGAUCAUGCAAUGGUGGCUUUCCUUGACUGUGUCCAGCAAUUUAAAGAGGAGGUGGAGAAGGAUGACACUGGCUUCUGUUUGCCAUACAGAAUGGAUGUGGACAAAGGAAAGAUUGAGGACACAGGAGGAAGUGGAGGGUCUUACUCUAUUAAGACUCAGUUUAACUCCGAGGAACAGUGGACCAAAGCUCUCAAGUUCAUGCUCACUAACCUGAAGUGGGGUUUAGCCUGGGUUUCAUCUCAGUUUUACAACCGAUAGAUUUGGCUUGACUCAGACCUAAUGACUAAAAGAAAGCACAUGAAAUCUUCACCUUACAAUGAUGGAUGUUUUUACUCUCAAAUUUAAACCACAAUAUUUUUGUUAGAAAACAGAAAUUGAGUAUUUGAAAACAGAAAAUUGUAUUCAGUUAAAAAACAGUAAAAUUAAUUUUUGUUUAUAUUUCAACAGGUAAAGCUAUCCAAAAUGUAAUGAUGUAGUGGAAAUAUGUUUGUCUUGUUUUUUUUUUUUGUUUUGUUUUUUUUUUUUUUUUGUGUUUUAACCUUUACCUUAUUAUUUUUCUAAUUUGGAUCUCCCUAUGAGUUCCAUAAAACUAUAAAAGCUGUGGGUUUGUGGUGGUUAUAUGUAGUACAUAUGCUGUAGUAUAUAUGUUUAGGUUUACUAACAACUUGUUUACAAAGGGCUAAGUAGCCAAUUGCAGGAUUAUGCCAUUUCAGUUUUGAAUUAGAAAUUAGUCAAAGUCAGAAACAUCAUAAGCAAUUAAAAUAUUUGUGUAAAAAAUGUAAAUAAAAAAAUGUAUGUCUAUA